UGUGUCAGGAGCUGUCGUCGUGGUGGUUCGCAGUCCAGCAGAGACCUGCAUCUAUCAGAGUCAAGCAGAGACCUGCAUCUAUCAGAGUCAAGCAGAGACCUGCAUCUAUCAGAGUCAAGCAGAGACCUGCAUCUAUCAGAGUCCAGCAGAGACCUGCAUCUAUCAGAGUCCAGCAGAGACCUGCAGGUGUCUCCAACAUGCGUCAGUACAACAUGAUCCUCAUCUUCACCCUUCUUCUUCCAGUGACUCAGCUCCAGGACCCCCAGGAACUCCAGGACCAGUGUCCUGUCAGCUCCUGUAGCCCCCAGCUGGGUGACCUGAUGCUGGGUCGAGCUGCUCAGCUCUCAGCCUCGUCGACCUGUGGUCUGGACGGACCUCACAACUACUGCAUCAUUGGAUACCUGGAGGAGGAGAAGAAAUGUUUCACAUGUGACUCUCGACUGUCGUACAAUCACUACAACAACCAGAACAGCCACCGCAUUGAGAACAUCAUCACGACCUUUGACCCUGAAAGAAAAACAAAAUGGUGGCAGUCUGAGAACGGUGUUCAUCAGGUCAGUAUCCAGUUAGAUCUGGAGACGGUGUUCCAGUUCAGUCACCUGGUUCUGUCCUUCAAGAGUUUCCGUCCAGCAGCCAUGUUGGUGGAGCGAUCAAAAGAUUUUGGCCGAACAUGGAAAGUUUUUCGUUACUUUGCAGAAGAUUGUUCGCUUCAUUUCCCUUCAGCGUCCAAUGAGCCGGCCGACAGCGUGGAUGACAUCAUCUGUGACAGUAGAUACUCUGGAUCAGAGCCGUCUACUGACGGAGAGGUCGCACGCACGCACACACACACACUUAAACAUACAUGUAUAUCUAGUAUAUGUAUGUACAGAUGUUUCGGUAUGUGUGUACAUAUACACACACACACACACACACCUACACACUGUUUAUGUGAAUAUACCAUAUAUUGUAGAAACUUAAGUGAAGACACUGAAGUAAAUGAAAAUGUUUUCUUCUUUGUCCACCAGGUGGUGCUGAAAGCAUUGGAUCCCGUGUUUGAAAUACAAAACCCAUAUGCACCAAAUAUCCAAGAUCUCAUCACUUUGACUAAUAUCCGGGUGAACUUCACUCGUCUCUUCACACUUGGCGACACUCUGAGUCGAAGACGCAGGAAUCCUCAGAACAAAUAUUACUACGCUCUUUACAACAUGGUGGUUCGAGGAAGCUGCUUCUGCAACGGACACGCCUCCCGCUGUACGCCUGUGGCGCGACGACAGGGGGAAGUCUUCACCGGGACUAACAUGGUUCACGGUCGAUGUGUUUGUCAGCACAACACAGCUGGAGACAACUGUGAGAGAUGUCAGGACUUUCACCACGACGCCCCCUGGAGGCCUGGAGGAGGAGACGCAGUGGUCGUCUGCAGGAGAUGUAACUGUCACGGUCACUCGGACUCGUGUCACUUUGAUGCUGUUCGUUUCCAAGCGACGGGCGGCGUGAGCGGUGGCGUGUGUGACAGCUGCCGCCAUGACAGAAUGGGGCCUCAGUGUGAACUGUGUCGACCUUUUCUAUAUCGGGAUCCUCAGAAGGUGACGGAUGACCCUCACGCCUGCAGACCUUGUGACUGUGACGCAGCUGGUUCUCACGGCGGCGGUCUUUGUGAUGCCCAGACCGGUCAAUGUCACUGUAAAGAAAAUGUGGAGGGUCGACGCUGCGACCGCUGCAAACGUGGCUUCUUUGGCCUGAGAGUGGACGACCCGGCUGGUUGUCAUGUGUGCAGGUGUCACGUUAUGGGAAGUGUUGGGUCAUGUGAUCAGCUGACAGGAAGUUGUGAAUGUGACAAUUUGGCAAGCGGGCCGCUGUGUGAUCGAUGUCUGGUCGGUUUCUGGGGUUUGGGAAACUCGAUGAUCAGAUGUUCUCCCUGCGACUGUGAUAUCGGAGGAGCUCACAGUAAUAUGUGUUCUCCGGACGACGGACACUGUCACUGUUUACCAAACAUGAUUGGUCAGCGCUGCUCUGACCCCGCCCCCGGGUACUUCCUGCCUUCGCUGGACUACUUCCUGUAUGAGGCAGAACUCGCCGCACCACUGCAUGGAGAAAGAUCUCCUUCUCCGACAAAUACUCCGUCAUCAUCUUCUUCUCUGCUGAAUGCAGUACUUUUACCACAGUGUGAGCAGUACUACAGGGAGCAGGGUUUUGACUUUAAAUUCAAUAAUGGACAAGUUGUUCUGGUUCGGAGGACUCGUCGACUUGCCCGUAGGAGGAGACGGGAACAGCUGACUGGCAUCCCUCUGGACCCGGGUCACGCCCUUCAGAUCAUCCCCCGCCAGAGGACACAUGAUCGGCCGAUCACCUGGACAGGCCUGGGAUUGGUCAGAGUGUUGGAGGGGGCGGGGCUUCGGUUCACUGUGGAUAACCUGCCGUCAUCAUCGGAUUACCAGCUGGUCAUUCGUUACGAGACAGAGUCUCCGUCUGAUUGGCUGGCUUCAGUCAGCAUCAUAAUGAUGUCACCGGGUGAUGGUGGCUGCAGCAGCAAUCCAACAGGAAGUGAAACUUUGACUCUUCCUGGAAACUCCAGAGCUCGUGUUCUGGACUCGGCCGUGUGUCUGAAUACAGGAGGUCGUUACUUUGUGGACGUCAUCUUUAAUAAACAAUCUGAAUCUGAUGGAUCAUUCGUCCUGAUUGACUCGAUGGGUCUGAUCCCCCGAGUCGAGUCUAUUCACAGCUUCUGCUCUCAGACGGACCUGGAAUCUUUCCAGCGGUUUGGCUGCGUUGGUUUGGCUGCUGAGCUCGACACACAGGAUUCACUCCCUCAACUCUGUGAGGGACUGAUCAAGAGCACGUCGGCACGAAUCCACAACGGAGCCGUUCUUUGCAGGUGUAACGUCGUCGGCUCCCUCGGACCGUCCUGCACCAAACUGGGCGGGUUCUGUGAAUGUAAACAGAAUGUGAUUGGUCGUUGCUGUGAUACUUGUGCACCAAUGACAUUUGGCUUUGGACCCGACGGCUGCAAACCCUGCGGUUGUGACCCUGGAGGCUCGGUGUCGGAGCUGUGUGACCAGGUCAGAGGUCAGUGUGUGUGUCGCUCCGAGGUGACGGGGCGUCGCUGUGACCGUUGUCAGGCGGGACUGUGGGGUUUCCCGUGGUGUCGACCCUGUGACUGUGGCGGCCUGUCAGACGUGUGCGACCAGGAGAGUGGAGUGUGUCUGGACUGCAGAGAUCACGCCGCCGGACGUCGCUGUGACAGGUGUUUGGAGGGUUACUAUGGAAACCCUGUCUCCAGGCAGCCCUGUCAGCCCUGCAUGUGUCCAGACGUGAAGGGCAGAGGACGGUUCUUUGCCACUUCCUGCCAACACGACCCACAAUCCCUCAGUGUAACGUGUCACUGCAGGGACGGACACUCAGGUCCACGAUGUGACAGAUGCAGCCCUGGUUUCUAUGGUGACCUGACGUUGCCGGGUGCCAGUUGUGCCGAGUGUCCCUGCAACAACAACAUCGACCCAGACGACCGCGACGCCUGCGACAGUCUGACGGGCGAAUGUCUGCGCUGCCGCCACGACACAAUAGGACCAGGCUGCCAGAGCUGCAGACCUGGUUACUACGGCAACGCUUUGGUCCAAAACUGCAAAGAAUGCUCCUGUGACCGGCGUGGGACGGAGGUGACCCGUUGUCCUCUGGGGAGUUCCUGUUUCUGUGAUGCGAGGACAGGACAGUGUCCAUGCAGGACGGGCGUAGUGGGCGUCCUCUGUGACGACUGUGAGGACGGAUACUGGAACCUGGACGGGCCGUCGGGAUGUCAGCCCUGCAGCUGUGACCCCGUGAACUCCUUCUCCAACAUCUGCCACAAGGUGACGGGACAAUGUCAGUGUCGUCCCGAGUUUGGAGGGAGACAAUGUGAUGAAUGUGGAGAAAAUCAUUUUGGGAAUCCAGACCUGCAGUGUAUCUCUUGUGACUGUAACCUGGAGGGAACCGAGCGUCCGUCAUGUGACCCUGAAACCGGCGAGUGUCUCUGUCGAACCGGCGUUUCUGGUAUCUUCUGUGACGAGUGUUCCCUCGGAUACAGCUCAGCGUUCCCGGCCUGCGAGGACUGCCACCCCUGCACCGCCGUCUGGGCUGAAAGUGUCACAGACGUCCAACGAGCCGCUCAGACGAUGAGAACCUUCAUCCCUCGCCACGGCGAUGACCUGCGGCCUGGUGUUGAUCGCUACCGGCAACGGCUGUCGCAGAUGCACUCGGAGUUGGAUGGCCUGACCAACCUCACGGGACGGUCCCUGUCGAAGUUGGACAAGGGGGAAAAACUUUGUGUCAGGAUUGGGAAGUUGAAAGAAGCCAUUGACCCAAACAUGAUCCUGAUCGAUCCGUCUCCUCUGCUCAACACUGAAAUUGACAACAUUCGUCUGGAGUUCAAGAAGCUUCUGGACAGUUUGAAGGAGAAAAUGAUCGAGGAUCCAUAUGAUGAAGAUGAUGAUGAAGAAGAAGAAAACAUGGAAGUUCCUCCUCUUCUUCUUGGAUCUGUUCAUCCUCUUCUUCUUGGAUUUGUUGUAGAGCUUCUGGACGAGAUCCAGAAGCUUCGUCAGAGCUUCCUGUCGGACGAGAACAAGGUGAAAACUUCCCACGAAGCUUUAGAGAACUCCAUGGACACCAGACAGGAAGUCAAACAGAAACUGAGCCUGUGCAGCAGCAGAGGAAACCUGGUUCCACUGGAGAAGAAGAUCAAAGAGCUGAGUGUGGUCGACCUCAACCGAAAGAUUUGUGGAGGACCAGGUCUGGACGACUGUUCAGGAUGUGGUGGAGCUCUGUGUGUUUUGCCUCCGGGACGAAGGAAAUGUGGAGGUCCAAACUGUGACGGAGUCGUUGGUGUUACUCAGAACGUUUCAGAAACAACAGAGAGAGCAAAGGACAAACUCGUCUCACUCCCGGCUCCACUGGAGGAGUCCAGGAACAAGAUCAAUAAUGCCAAACAGGUCGCUCAGGAUACCAAAGACCAGGCCAAAAACUCGGAAGACCGGAUCCACGACAGACUGGACUCCUUUGAGAGAGAGAAGAACCAAACCAAGGAGCUCAUCCGGCAAACCAAACACUACUUGAUGGAUGAGAUGGUUUCUCCUGAAGACAUUGAGAAAAUGGCCCGAGCUGUUCUGGACAUCCAGUUGCCACAAUCACCUGCUCAGAUCCGAUCAAUGAUCACUGAAAUCAAUAAUCUACUAUUCAACACUACACACCUCCAGCAUGACCUGAGGAACCUGGAGGAGCACACCAAGACUGCCCACGACCUGCUGCAAACAGCUCACAAACUAAGGGAUCAGACAAAGCAAACUGAUGUGACAGAGAUCAGAAGAGACAUUUAUGAUGCAGAGAAAGCUCAGGACAAAGCCAACAAUGACCUGGAAACAGCGAGCCGAGACAGGGACAUGACCAAAGACCAAAUCCAAGAUAUCAAAGACAAAGUGGACGAAUUAGAGACGAAGCUGAUGAAUCGUCGACCUGAAGGUCUGCAAAACGAAAUCGACGGUCUGAAGAAGAAAACUGAACAAAACGAAGAGAUGGCCAGACAGGCGGCGGAGACCGCUUCACACGCUACAGACACAGACAAGGAUCUGGACGAUGUGAUAAAGUUAUUUGAAGGUUUGAAUCAAAGAAACUCAAACCAGUUGGUUCAGAGCGAAGCCGGAGAACGACUGAAGAAAAUCGUGGAGGAGGCAGAGAACAUGAAGAGACAGGUGGAUGACAAACUCAGACAGAUACAAGGUGUGGAGGAGAAGAUUGAGCAGUUGAUCAGAAGUAAAGAAAGGAAAUCAUCUGAAGUCUCUGAUUUGUUGGAAACUGUCGAAUCACUUCAACAGGAAAUCUCUAAAAAGGCAGAAGUAUAUGCUCUCUGUACUUCAUAAAUACUACAGAGAGUACUGCUUACUAGAGUACAUCUUCUCGUUAAUACUACAGAGUAAUCUAUAUUGGACUACAUCUCCUCGUAAAUACUACAGAGUACUGCAUACUGGAGUAUAUCUCCUUGUUAAUACUACAGAGUACUGCAUACUGGAGUAUAUCUCCUUGUUAAUACUACAGAGUACUGCAUACUGGAGUACAUCUCUUCAUAAAUACUACAGAGUACUGCAUGUUGACACCAAUACAAUAAAAUCAGAUCGUGGUAAAUGUUGAAUUUGUCUUUUUUACCUUUUCAAUUUCUACAAAACGAAUGUCUGUCGUUCUGGGAUUGGUCCCCGACCCCGGUGGUGUCAGGAUCGGUUCACACCCCGGGUGAUGUUAGAAUUGUCAGGAUUGGUUCCCGCCCCUGGUGAUUUCAGGAUUGGUUCCCACCCCCGGUGAUGUCAGGAUUGUCAGGAUUGGUUCCCGCCCCCGGUGAUUUCAGGAUUGGUUCCCGCCCCCGAUGAUGUCAGGAUUGGUUCCCACCCCCGGUGAUGUCAGGAUUGUCAGGAUUCGUUCCCGCCCCCGGUGAUUUCAGGAUUGUCAGAAUUGGUUCAUGCCCCGGGUGAUGUCAGGAUUGUCAGGAUUGGUUCCUGCCCCCGGUGAUUUCAGGAUUGUCAGGAUUGGUUCAUGCCCCGGGUGAUGUCAGGAUUGUCAGGAUUGGUUCCUGCCCCCGUUGACUUCAGGUUUGGUUCUUUAAUCAAUUCGUAUCAGGACGAUAAUCUUGAAUAUUAUCAAGAGUAUUUCUGAAUCCAUGUCUUUGUUUGUUUCAGUUUAAUCUGACAGUAAUUGUUUUUUAUUAUUUAUCCACUUUAAAACAUUUCAGGCUUUAAUCAUUUAUCAAUAAAUCUGACAAGAACUUUUUUUUUUUAAAUAAAUGAAACAUUUACAAAACUGAAUGUGAAUAGUUAAAUACAUUAAAGACUUCAUAUUGCUAAAUGUUAUAUAGU